AUGGGCUACGAUUUCACCGUCUUUAAAGGAUCCAAAGAUGGAUCCAUCCAGAAAGCCACCACCCACCGCGACGACCUCCAGCGCGAUCAAGUCCUCGUCCGCCUCACCCACUCCGGCGUCUGCUUCACCGAUGUCCACUACCAACACGCAGACAUGGCCCUAGGCCACGAAGGUGCCGGAGUCGUCGAAGAAAUCGGCCCUGAAGUCCACGGACUGCGUAAAGGCGAUCGCGUCGGCUGGGGCUACCAACAUGACUGCUGCGGUCGAUGCGCUCAGUGCCUAACUGGUUGGGAGACAAUGUGCCCGGAGCGACAGAUGUACGGAAGUGCGAAUCUCGACCAGGGGUCAUUUGCAACGCAUGCUGUGUGGCGCGAGUCGUUCUUGUUCAAGAUCCCUGAUGGAAUUUCCAACGAGGACUCCGCGCCGCUGAUGUGUGGUGGCUCGACGGUGUGGAAUGCAUUGCAUGUGGGUGGUGUUAAGCCGACCUCGCGGGUUGGAAUUGUUGGCAUUGGUGGACUGGGACACUUGGCUAUUCAAUUUGCGGCGAAGAUGGGCUGCGAUGUUGUUGUCUUCUCUGGGAGUGAUAAUAAGAGAGAAGAGGCACUGAAGCUGGGUGCGAAGGAGUUCUAUGCCACCAAGGGCGCGAAGGAGCUUAAUAUUGGGAAGCCAUUGAACAAUUUGAUUGUUAGCACGAGUAGCCAGCCGGACUGGAAGCUCUACGUUAAUGUCCUUGCUCCUGGAGCGGUUAUUUCGCCGUUGUCGGUGGAUAACGAGGACUUCAAGUUCCCGUAUAUGGGCCUUUUGGCGAACGGAUUGCGUGUGCAGGGAUCCAUUGUUGCCGCGAGGCAGGUGCAUAGGGACAUGCUUGACUUUGCGGCGCUUCAUGGUGUGAAGCCUAUCUUGAUGAAGUAUCCUCUGAGCGUGGAUGGCGUGAACGAUGCCAUAAAAACACUGGAGGGCGGAAAGAUGAGAUACCGUGGGGUUCUGGUUGUGGAGUAG